AUGAGUGGUUCUGUGGACUCCGAAGUCUUGGAGGCGGCCCGGGUCCUGUGCAUGCUUGCCAGGGGCGACGGCCAGCCUUCACAGCACCCUGCUGAUAACGAGUAUGAGAAGUCUACCCUUGGUCAGAGUCCAACCUCUGUGAUCCAGGCUCCGGCUCCGGCUCCUGUUAUUAAGGCUCUCUCUCGUCCACUUCGUUCACCAGAAUUUGCUCAUUAUACAUCUAUAGCAGAGCAGUCCUCUCCCGCCCAGGGAGCAGUAACUAACGGUAACCCCAACGAUCCAUACACGCUUAGGUCCUUCUGCCUCCAAGCCCUACUGGCCACCCCCGAAGAGGGUUGGAUGUGCCUCGGAGAGAUAUUUGGAUACCUCUGUGACAGGCGCCCUGGGCUCGAGGCACUGGAGGGAAAGAAGGACGACGUCUUGUCCAAUUUGAGCCACACCUUGAACAGGAUGAUGGAUGCGGGCCUUGUGGAAAAGCAGGUGAAGCUGGGGAAGGUACACCGCUGGCGGAUAUCUGCGCAGAACCGGCGGUGGGCCGUCUCCCUCGCCAGGGAGAAGAAACCGAUCAGCCUACCGCAGUCCUUACAACGUGGUGGCUCAGGCGCUGGAGACGCUCCCAGCGCGGCUGCUUCUCCCCGGGCUGCUUCACCUCCCGGGUCUGCUCCUCCUAAACCAGCUCCUAUACUAAUGCAAACCCGGUCUGCAGCUCGGGCUGCGGCUGCUGCUACCAAAACGAGGAGCAAUCAAUCGAUUGAUCCGUCGCGACAAGCCGGGAGAAAGACGCCAGCUGGGAAACACUUGCGAGGCCGAUUUGUUCCCGAGUAA